AUGAGUCACCCAGCUGAGUCGUCCGAUUCGAAAGGUGGGAAGAAGGACUUUUCGACCGCGAUUUUGGAGAGGAAGAAGGCGGCUAAUCGGCUGAUUGUCGAUGAGGCGGUUAACGAUGACCAUUCCGUCGUUGUUCUCCACCCGACCACCAUGGAGAAGCUCCAGAUUUUCCGAGGAGACACUAUUUUGAUUAAGGGGAAGAAGAGAAAGGACACAGUCUGCAUUGUGCUCGCUGAUGAGACAUGUGAAGAGCCAAAGAUUAGGAUGACCAAGGUUGUCCGGGCAAAUCUGAGGGUUCGUCUGGCGGAUGUUGUAUCUGUCCACCAGUGCCCGGAUGUUAAAUAUGGAAAGCGUGUACACAUACUUCCCCUGGAUGAUACAAUUGAAGGUCUUACUGGGGAUCUCUUUGAUGCAUAUCUCAAACCAUACUUUAUGGAGGCCUACCGCCCUGUGAGGAAAGGAGACCAUUUUCUUGUGAGAGGUGGAAUGAGAAGUGUGGAAUUCAAAGUUGUCGAGACUGACCCUGGGGAGUACUGUGUUGUGGCCCCAGAUACAGAGAUCUUCUGUGAAGGUGAACCUGUUAGGAGAGAGGAUGAGGACAGGCUGGAUGAGGUCGGCUAUGAUGAUGUUGGUGGCGUUAGAAAGCAGAUGGCUCAGAUUCGUGAAUUGGUGGAGCUGCCGCUAAGACAUCCUCAGCUUUUCAAAUCUAUUGGUGUGAAACCUCCCAAAGGAAUCUUACUUUACGGCCCCCCAGGGUCGGGAAAGACAUUGAUUGCUCGGGCUGUUGCUAAUGAGACUGGUGCUUUCUUCUUCUUGAUUAAUGGACCGGAGAUCAUGUCCAAAUUGGCUGGAGAGAGUGAGAGCAACCUGAGGAAGGCAUUUGAGGAGGCAGAGAAGAAUGCCCCGUCCAUCAUCUUUAUUGAUGAAAUCGACUCAAUUGCGCCAAAGAGAGAGAAGACACAUGGUGAAGUGGAGCGGAGGAUUGUGUCUCAACUUUUGACGCUGAUGGAUGGCUUGAAAUCCCGUGCUCAUGUCAUUGUUAUGGGAGCAACUAACCGGCCAAACAGCAUUGACCCUGCGCUUAGAAGGUUUGGUAGGUUUGAUCGCGAAAUCGAUAUUGGUGUUCCUGAUGAGGUCGGGCGCCUUGAGGUUCUUAGGAUUCAUACCAAGAACAUGAAACUUUCUGAUGAUGUUGAUUUGGAAAGAAUAUCGAAAGACACACAUGGCUAUGUUGGUGCUGAUCUUGCAGCUCUGUGUACCGAGGCCGCUCUACAGUGCAUCAGGGAGAAGAUGGACGUAAUUGAUUUGGAAGAUGAUACAAUUGAUGCUGAGAUACUGAACUCGAUGGCCGUUACUAAUGAGCACUUCCACACAGCUCUUGGGACAAGCAAUCCUUCUGCUUUGCGUGAGACAGUUGUUGAGGUGCCCAAUGUCUCAUGGGCGGAUAUCGGAGGACUCGAGAAUGUCAAGAGGGAGCUUCAGGAGACUGUGCAAUAUCCUGUGGAGCACCCAGAGAAGUUUGAGAAAUUCGGAAUGUCACCUUCGAAGGGUGUCCUCUUCUACGGCCCUCCUGGAUGUGGUAAAACUCUUCUCGCCAAGGCAAUCGCGAAUGAGUGCCAAGCCAACUUUAUCAGUGUGAAAGGACCAGAACUGCUUACCAUGUGGUUCGGGGAGAGUGAAGCCAAUGUGCGCGAAAUAUUCGACAAGGCUCGUCAAUCUGCUCCUUGUGUUCUCUUCUUUGACGAGCUCGACUCUAUCGCUACUCAGAGAGGAAGCAGUGUUGGUGAUGGCGGUGGUGCUGCCGACCGAGUUCUGAACCAGCUUCUUACCGAGAUGGACGGCAUGAACGCCAAAAAGACGGUCUUUAUAAUCGGGGCCACUAACAGGCCCGACAUUAUCGACCCUGCCCUCCUUCGUCCAGGUCGUCUCGACCAGCUGCUUUACAUUCCCCUCCCGGACGAGGACUCCCGUCACCAGAUCUUCAAAGCCUGUCUCCGCAAGUCCCCCCUCUCGAAAGACGUCGACCUAAGGGCCCUUGCUAAGUACACCCAGGGAUUCAGCGGCGCUGACAUCACUGAGAUUUGCCAGCGUGCUUGCAAGUACGCCAUAAGAGAGAACAUUGAGAAGGAUCUGGAAAGGGAGAGGAGGAGAAGUGAAAACCCGGACUCGAUGGAUGAGGAUGCAGAUGAUGAGGUGGCAGAGAUUAAGCCCGCUCAUUUCGAGGAGUCCAUGAAGUUUGCCCGCAGGAGUGUGAGCGAUGCGGACAUUCGCAAGUACCAGGCCUUUGCGCAGACCCUGCAGCAGUCGCGUGGGUUCGGGACCGAAUUCCGGUUUGCUGAGUCAGCACCGGCCAGUGGGGCAUCUGAUCCAUUUGCGACCGCCGCCGGUGGGGACGACGUGGACGAUCUCUAUGGUUAG